AGCAAUAUAGAGAAGGAAUUCAAGUUAUGCAAUUAUAUGACUUAAGAAUCAUGAAAAUACAACAAAUUUUUAAUAUUUAUGAAGAAAAAAAUCAUUCAAAUAAGUACAGCAAAUCAAUAUUAGCUGUUUCAAAAAAUGAACAAAUGAUUGCUUUUUCUUCUGAAUAUAGAAAAAUAACUCUUUAUUUAAUUGAAAAUGGUCUUGAAAUAAUUUGUAAAGAUUUUGGAAAAAAUACAAAAAUCAUUGCUUGUGAAUUUAAGGAUGAUGACAAAUUAAUGAUAAUUAUUAAAAAAUCUAAUGAUAAAUAUAUAAAAUUAUUACUUUGGUAUUUAUAUACAAAUAAAUUUCAAGAUUAUGAUAAGCAUUUCGAGUUGAAAGAAGAUGAAGAAAGUAUUUUUUAUAGUAUUACAAUUCCUGGUAAAUAUGUAUUUAUUUAUAAUAAUGGUACUAUAUUUUCAGUAUAUGAUAGUUUACUUAAAAUAGAUGAUAAAAAAAAGGUAUCAGAAUCAAAUCAAAUGAAAGAAUUAAAAUAUGAUAAUAAUGAUAAUAUAGCUUUUAAUCAAGAUCAAAUAAAAAUAGAUGCACAACCUAUUAAAGAUGAGUUAGAACCAUGGAUAACUGAUAAUUAUACAAAGAAAUGGGUUUAUCUUGAUCAAAAAGAAUCAGUAUAG